CUGCUGUGGACCAGGCUUUGCAGAGUCAAAAUGGACACCUGGACCUGUUCCUGCGCUUCCUCCUGGGGCUGUCUCUACCGACCAAUCAGAGACUGCUGCAGGGUCUGCUGACUCAGACAGGAAGUGACCAGACCAAUCAGGAGACAGUAAAACACCUCAAACAGAAGUUGAAUGAAAAGCGUCUCUCUGCAGAGAGAAGCCUGAACCUGCUCCACUGUUUGAUCGAGCUGAAUGACCACAGUCUGGUGGAGCAGAUACAGAGAUACAUGAGAAAAGGACAUAUCUCCAAGUUAAAUUCUCCUGCUCAAUGGUCGGCUCUGUCCUUCCUGUUACUGUCCUCAGACUCAGACCUGGAGAAGUUUGACCUGAGGAAAUACUGUUCCUCAGAGACAGCUCUCCUGGGUCUGCUGCUGGUGGUGAAAGCCUCCACCAAAGCCCUUCUUUGUGGCUGUGGCCUGUCCGCUCACAGCUGUGGUCCUCUGGCCUCAGUCCUCAGCUCCUCCAGUCUCACACACCUGGAUCUCAGUCACAACAACCUCCAGGGCUCAGGAGUGGAGCUGCUGUGUUCUGGGCUGAAGAGCACAACCAGCAAACUGGAGACUCUCAGGCUGUCUGGAUGUCUGGUCUCAGAGAGGGGCAGGGCUGCUCUGGCCUCAGCUCUGGGCUCCGCCUCCUCCCAUCUGAGAGAGUUAGACCUGAGCUACAACCAUCCAGGACCCUCAGCUGCGCUCUAUGGGACGACCCCCACUGCCCCCUGCAGUCUCUCAGGUUGGAUCCUGCUGGAGAACAGUGGAUGGUCCCAGGUCUGAGGAAGUAUUCCGGUGAGUUUUCUCUGGAUCCAAACACAGCUCACAGAAAACUCAAACUGUCUGAGAACACACGGACAGUGACCUGUGUGAGAGAGGAGCAGCAGUAUUCAGAUCAUGAGGACAGAUUUACAGACUAUCGUCAGGUCCUGAGCUGCACUGGCCUGAGGGGGCGCUGUUACUGGGAGGUGGAUUGGCGUGGAGAGGUGGUUGAUAUAUCAGUGAGUAACAAAGGAAUCAGACGG